ACCGCGCUGCUGCGGGAGGCGUUCCAACUUGCCACGUGUUACCGCUUCGAAGACCAGUACGAGAUGUUUAUGCAUUUCAGUCGUCUCUCUGACGGACUUUGAACUGUAUAUAUGAACUGUGGAUAUAUUGUUUCUAAAGAAUAUACAAUUAUGUUCAGGUGUCACACAAACAGCAUUUCUUCAGGUUUCGUCUCUAGGGACAUGCUAGGUAACAAUCCUCUGAGGAGGGAGUUCGAUGUCUUCUGGAAAACGAGUCUCGCUGACAAGGAGGUCAGUAACACAGCCGCGGUCUGCAAAAUUACCCGAGACAAAGGGGAGACGAUUCUAACACGAAUUUUCUUCGAAACGGCGGCUGACGGCCCGCGAGCAGAGGACAGAUUAGUUGAAUGGCUUCCUGAUGAACCUUUCUGGCAAGACGCAGAUGAGAUCAACAUCAAGAUCUAUCUGAGUUACUCCCCCCAAGGAGCGACUUCUGAGGGCAUCGUCAACUUCCUCCAUGACCUUGAAGCACAGGGCAUUGAAGUUAACAUGACGAUACGAUUUGCUAGCUUGUAUAGAGUCGGGACAGAAGAUGAGGCGACAGAAAACAAAGAUGGCCUCCGGCUUUUACAUAACAACAAGGUGAAGGUCGACGUAGUGCGUGAAUGUGAUUGGGUGUAUUUGAUGGACGUUUUGAAGAACAGACAAGCACAGAAACAGCACGGGAGGAGGUCAGUGAUUGUGAGACAGGAACUAACUAAAAUAUUCACAGACCCACGUGAUGAGGAGACCAGCACUGACCAGGUGACAGCUGACAGCGAAACCAUGACAGAGAAAGUCGGAUACGAUGUACGUCUGUAAAGAAAUGACAUCCUUCAUCCACGGAUGAUUAUAUCAGUGUGGAUCAUUAUUGUUUGAAUAAUACCGUUAUAUAACUUUAAAGGAAGCCAUCGAGAGAUACCCACAGGCUGGCAGAUUUAAAGAAACAGGUGACCUAAAUGCGUUACAAUGGUAUUCCAUUUUUGUACAUUUCACUUGUGUUAUCACUACAACUGCAACAUUUUAAUUGAACGAACCUUUAAAAACUAGGACAUGGGCAGAAAAAAAACGUGACGCGAAAGUAGUACAAUGAUAUAAAUCUCGUUUGAAGAUUAAGCAACGCUUGGAACGACCACCUUUGAUACCUUGACGCUUUUUAACCUGACAUUUUCCUACCCGGUGAAUAUAGACUAUAAUAUACCAGUAGAAAAAAACUG